AUGGACGAUAUUAACGAGGAGCGGUUUUACACGUUUGGUGGAGUGGUCCGCGAAUGCCUUGUGCAAGAGGAUUCUAUCGUUGAAAGGAAGAAACGCGUUUCACACCGCGAGAUUGAACAACUCUCCGACACGACAGAACUUCAAAAUCUCAUCAAAGGUGUGGGAAAGCCUGAUGUUUCCAUCGUAUUCUCCAUUACGAACCUGGAGAGGACCCUAUGUGGAUACUAA